AUGAACGUCGACCGUCCCACGCGUGGCCUGCGCAUUCCAUGGAAGUCCCGCCAUCACCAACGACCCCACAAACACGAGCAUCAUGUGGCACGUCCUCUGGACUGGCUUAACUUCCUCCCAAAGACUGUAAAGGGGCAUAUUGUCGCAUGCUUAGGCGAAUUUGUGGGCACAUUCAUGUUUUUGCUCUUUGCUUUAGGCGGGACAAAUGUCGUCAAUACUGCACCAGCGCAAGGUGCCAACGCGACAGAUCUCGCUGCCAAUCCGAGCAAAAUCAUGUACAUCUCUUUGGUGUUUGGUCUAGCACUCAUGGUGAACGCCUGGGUGUUCUUCCGCAUUAGUGGAGGAUUGUUCAAUCCUGCCGUCACCCUCGGCAUGAUGCUUGUUGGAGCUACUGCUUACAUGCGUGGCCUCCUAAUCAUCAUUUCCCAGAUCAUUGGUGGCAUCGCAGCUUCAGCCGUUGUGUCUGGAAUGAUGCCCAACGUCUUGGCUGUGAGGACUGAGCUGGGCGGUGGUACCACCGUGGUUCAGGGACUGUUUAUUGAGAUGUUCUUGACGGCGCAGUUGGUCUUCACCAUCUUCAUGCUUGCUACCGAGAAGCACGAAGGUACCUUCAUUGCUCCUGUUGGUAUAGGACUGGCAAGUUCUCUCUUCGUCGCUGAGCUUAUGGGUGUCUACUACACCGGUGGCAGUGUCAACCCGGCCCGAUCCUUCGGCCCAGCUGUGGUAUCUCACACUUUUGCUUCGUACCAUUGGAUCUAUUGGGUCGGACCCAUUCUUGGAGCUAUCCUUGCGAGUACCUUCUACAUGUUCAUCAAAGCUUUGGAGUAUGAGACUGUCAACCUUGAAGGUGAUGAUCCAAAGGCAGCUCUAGGUGAAAAGUUCAAAGGAGCUCCCGCCUCCCGCGACGGCGCUGUUUCAGGCCAUCGCAGGACCGCAUCUGGUGGUUCAAGCGACACCUAUGAUAAGGCUCCAGUCCUCGAGAACGGCAGCCCGCCCCCGGCAGCUCGCUAG